AUGAAUCCGGCACGUUCUCGUGGUAAAGCAACGCUCAGAAUGAAAAGCACGCGGGGCCAGGGUGUAGGAAGAGGACGAGGACGAGGACGAGGUACACAAGGACCAAGAACUUACGCCAACGUAGUGGUGGAUGUUCCUGCUUGUGCCCCCGGACCAGCUCCAGCUUUAGCUUUAGCCCCCGGACCAGCUCCAGCUUUAGCCCCUGGACUUCUUCCAGCUGCUCCUCCAGCUCCAGCUGCCGUUCCUGCCCGAGUCCGGCAACUACUGCCAGCAGCUCUUCCAGCUCCAGCUCCAGUUCCUGCUCGAGUCAGUCAACGACCGCCAGCUGCUUCUCUAGCUCCUGCUUCUGUUCAACUACCGCCAGCUCUUGCUCCAGCUUCUCUUCAACUACCGCCAGCCCCAGCUCCAGCUCCUGUUCAACUACCGCCAGCCCCAGCUCCAGCACCUGUUCAACUACCGCCAGCCCCAGCUCUAGCUCCUGUUCAACUACCGCCAGCUCCAGCUACAGCUCCUGCUCCUGUUCAACUACCGCCAGCUCCAGCUACAGCUCCUGCUCCUGUUCAACUACCGCCAGCUCCGGCUCCUGCUCCGGCUCCGACUUCUGCUCCAGUCCCCAGCGCAGCUUCUGCUCAAGUCCCUGAUGCAGCUUCUGUUCAAGUGCCUGACGAAGCUUCUGCUCUAGAUUUAAAGUAUAAAGGUAUUCUAAAACAAAAUCGUAACCUAAAAAAAAAUAUGAAGCGACUGUUAAAAAAACAGUCAACUUCUCAAGCUAGCCACGGUCAAUCAACAAGUCAAAUACUCACACAUCAGCCAAUUGCUCAUCAGGCUAACACACAUCAAACGCCCAAUCCUCCAGCACUCCUGUAUCAAGCAAACGUUCCUCGUGCAGUUAAUACUGAACCAUACAUUCAACAGAUGCACAAAAUAGAACCCCAGUCUAUCGUACCUCAAUAUCAACCUGUUUCUGCACAAACAUUAUUUCACCAUUCGCUCGUACAGCAACAAAUGCUACAACAAUCCUUAAUUAAUCAGAUUAAUCUGCUGCAGCACUCUAAUGCAUUCAUACCUCAUGCAGGACAAUUCAACUUCCCACAAAUUCUCACUCGGGAACAGCUUAUGCAGCAAUUAUUACAGCAAUUUUUGCAAAGUGCACAGCUCAGCAUCAAUUUUAAAUAA